AUGGGUGUUCCCAAGUUCUUCCGAUGGCUCUCGGAGCGGUAUCCUGCCAUCUCCCAGCUCAUCGCCGAGAAUCGAAUCCCCGAGUUCGACAACCUCUACUUGGACAUGAAUGGCAUUAUUCAUAAUUGCACGCACAAGGACACGCAUGAUACCUCAUUCAGACUUAGCGAAGAGGAGAUGUUCAUACGCAUAUUCAACUACAUUGAACACCUGUUUGGCAAGAUCAAGCCCAAGAAGCUGUUCUUCAUGGCUAUCGACGGCGUGGCCCCGCGAGCCAAGAUGAACCAGCAGAGAGCCCGCCGCUUUCGGACUGCCUUGGACGCCGAACAAGCCCGUGAAAAGGCUAUUCGGGAGGGCCAGGAGCUGCCCAAGGAGGAACCCUUCGACAGCAAUUGCAUCACCCCUGGCACCGGGUUCAUGGCCAAACUCACUCAACAGCUGAAAUACUUCAUAAACAAGAAGAUUUCCGAGGACUCAGACUGGCAGGGCUGCGAAAUAGUCUUGUCCGGCCAUGAAGUCCCUGGCGAAGGAGAGCACAAGAUUAUGGAGUACAUAAGAAACGCCAAGGCCCAGCCCGACUACCACCAAAAUGUCCGACACUGUCUGUACGGUCUUGAUGCCGAUCUCAUCAUGUUGGGCCUUCUGAGCCACGAUCCCCAUUUCUCUCUGCUUCGUGAGGAAGUCACAUUUGGCCGCGCUUCGAAGUCGAAGUCCAAGGAGUUGGAGCAUCAGAAUUUCUAUCUGCUGCAUCUUUGCAUUGUCCGGGAGUACCUUGAGUUGGAGUUCCAGGACUUGAAAAAGCCGGGAUCUAUGAAGGUUCCUUUCAACAUGGAAAGGAUUAUAGACGAUUUCAUUCUCAUGGCAUUCUUCAUUGGUAAUGACUUUCUCCCCAACCUCCCCAACCUACACAUCAACGAAGGGGCGUUGGCGACCAUGUUCCGAAUCUACAAGGAGAUCCUUCCUCAAUGCGAUGGGUACAUCAACGAAGGGGGUGUUAUUAACUUCUCCCGCUUGAGUCUACUCCUUGAGGAGCUGUCCAAGGAAGAAUACCGGUACUUUGAGCAUGAACAUGCCGAUUCAAAAUGGCUCAAGGGCAAACAGCUCGCAGAGUCAAGCGGUGGCGAGCCGACGAAGACAAAGGGGAAGCUAGUUGUGACGAGCUCGCAGAAAGACCUCUGGAAGAAAAUCCGCACCUUCGUGGCCAAGCGUCCUCCCGAGCCCCUCAAUCUCGGCCAUGAUCUUGUCGCUGCAGAUCGCAAGUUCGUGCAGUCCGCUGCCGAAAGCCUCCACAUGGAAUGGCGUACCGUCGAAGAUGAUGAAGGCCGACGUGAUCUGCUACUGGCAUUCCCCGCCAAACCUGAUAACACCGGGGACGAUGAGGAUGACGAGGAAGAAGAAGGCCAUCUGGCAGUGCUUCGGGUUGUGAAGCGUUACGAUAACGCCCAGGUAGUAGACCUGUCCGCUGAAGAAGCUCAAGCUACCAUGCAAGUCAAGUACAAAGAGAAGUUUCUGGAGUGGAAGGACAACUACUAUGCCGGCAAAUUCGAAUGGGCCCCGGAGGUCAAGGAAUCCGAACUCAUCAAGCUUUGCGAGAACUACGUCCAGGGUCUGCAGUGGGUAUUGUACUACUACUAUCGGGGAGUAGCCUCGUGGCCAUGGUUCUAUGGCUACCAUUAUUCCCCCAUGACCUCCGACAUAACGAAAGGACUAAAGGCCGACCUUGACUUCAAGCUGGGUCAGCCCUUCAGACCGUUUGAGCAGCUCAUGGGGGUCUUACCGGAUCGAAGCAAGACGAUCGUCCCAUCCGUGUAUCACCCGCUGAUGACAGACCCUAACUCACCAAUCAUCGACUUUUACCCGAGAGAUUUUGAACUUGACAUGAACGGCAAAAAGAUGGAAUGGGAGGCUGUUGUCAAAAUCCCCUUCAUUGACGAGGAGCGUCUCCUAUCUGCAAUGGCGCCCAAAAACGAGCUCCUCAGCCCAGACGAGAAGGCUCGCAACGACUUUGGGGUUUCCCUGAAGUUCACAUAUGAUUCCAGUGUCAACUUCACGUACCCGUCAUCCAUGGUCGGGAUCUUCCCAGACAUUCCCAAUUGCCCAUGCGUCGAGAAUAUAUAUGACCUGCCCACGGCGGAUGGCCUAGAGCUAUACGUCGGUCUCCUCGGGGGCGCAAAGCUCGGCGUGGACGCUCUGGCAGGCUUUCCGAGUCUCGCGACUCUGCCGUACAACGCUAUGCUUGGCUUCCAUGGAGUCAACGUCUUUCAACAGGAAAGCCGUAACGAGAGCAUGGUUGUCACGCUAGCCGGAGUUGAGAUGCGCAGCAGAAUGGAAUCAGCAAAGGCUAAGCUGGGACAGCGAUGCCAUGUCGGGUAUCCCUUUUUGCAGGAGGCGCGGGUGUCACGCGUCUCGGAUGAGCUCUUCGACUACUCCCUCAGCCCAGAUGGAUCGGGCCAGGUGGUUGAAACACACCACUCGGGCCGGGACAUUGAGGAGUGGAACAAGAAGGCUUCUCGUAUUGAAAACUUCUACAGCAAACGACUGGGUAUCAUCAUUGGCUCAGUCGAGUCGAUGGUGCACGUCGAAAUGCUCAGGGGCCUUGUCAAGAUAGACUCGGGUGCCACGGUCAAGGAAUACGGAUUCAUUCCGGGCAUGGAAACCGACUACGCCGCUCAAGUCAUCGUCGACGAAGUGGUCAGCGAGGAUGAACGGUUCAUUGAGAGAGCCGCUCUACCUCUGGAGGAAGAGUUCCCUGUAGGAUCCCAUGCGUUCUUCCUCGGAGAUUUCGGCUACGGGCGCCCACUCGAGGUGCUGGCGCAUGCCGAUAACCGAGCCGAGAUCUUGUUAUCGGUUCCUGCUGUGAAGGAACCCGACUUUGCACGUCAAACCAUUGUUCGUGCUGAACAACAGAGCGGCUAUAGGCCAUCCUACGCGGUUGCCAAAAUGCUGGGUCUUCACCCUCUGAUCUUGAGCAAGAUCACCUCGUCGUUCCACGUUAACACUAUAGGCGGGAGCAUGAGGGUCAAUCUGGGACUCAACCUCAAGUUCGAAGGCAAGAAGCAGAAGGUGCUUGGCUACUCGCGGAAGUCGAGUGCGGGGUGGGAAUUCAGUCCUGCUGCUGUCUCGCUACUGGUAGACUACAUGACGCGGUUCCCCGACUUUUUUGCUGCCAUCUUGCGGAACCCGUCGGGAAACGAGUUCAGCGAAACGCAGCUAUGGCCAGGUGAUGCCGACGCUGCCAGCGCCAAGACCAAAGAGAUCGGUGCGUGGCUGAAGACGGUGGAGACGAGCAAGUUUGAGCGCGUGCCCCUCGAUGCCGAACAGCUCGACUCAACGGUGGUCAUGGAACUUCAGAGGUCAGCUGAUGCGCUAAGAGAAAGCGGUUCGAAGUCAACCCACAAGAAACUGAAGGGGGUCCCUCGGUCGGCCUUGUUGCAUCCCAAUGAUGCGGAGCAGCGACUCGGCAACCAGGCCUUCAGCCUUGGGGACAGGGUCGUCUAUGUGCAAGCGUCUGGCAAGGUUCCUAUUGCCUCGAAGGGCACGGUGGUGGGUAUCAGUACGGUUGGGAACCACCGCAUGCUGGAUAUCCUCUGCGACCAUGCAUUCAUGAAUGGCACGACGCUGGGCGGGCGCUGCGAUGCGUUCCGUGGCCAGACGGUGGCGGCCAACUCGGUGCUCAACGUCACGAACAAGCAGGUGAUGACGGGGUCCAAGUCCAGCGUUGAGAAGCGCUCGGCUCAGACGACGACGCUGCCGUCGCAUGGAUACGGUGUGCCGGGCGGGCCUCAGCUGCGAGACGCUCCGGCUCCUGGGCCCCUUCGUGGUGGGUGGCGAGGCGCUGUGAAUGGCGCCCAUCGCCACGCAGCCAACGGCAGAGGUGCACAGUCUGCGUACGGGGCCCACGAUGGUCCUCAGCUGCAGCAUAGCAGUCUGGUGUACCGUCCCAUGCCGAACGGACCCAUGCAGAACGGAUAUCAGAUGUCGGUCAACGGGCAGGGAGCUCCGGCGCUGUCCAACAGCGGCGCUGUUCAUAAUGGUGGUGGGGCUCCUCGAGGUGGUCGCGGUGGACGUAGCAGCCGUGGUGGUAGAGGUGGGCCGGCGGCUGCGGAUGUGGCUGCGAAUGUGCAGAUGCCGGUCAUGCCGAACCUCAGAGACUCGAGAGUGUUCGAGCCAGGUGCUUCUUCGCACCAGCCGUCGUACAAUUCCGUGCCCCCGCCUGCGGGCCUCGACGCACGUGGUGGCAGUCGAGGUCGUGGACAAGGUCGUGGUGGCAGAGGCCGCGGACGGGGUGUUCGAGGCGGUGCGGCAGAGUAG